AGUAUCAGUUAACACUCAAUUAACAAACUCCACAAACCUCAAAACAAUCAAAAAAUCUAUACAAAAUGAAAUUCCUUAUCUGUUUGGCUCUUUUCAUUGCUGCUGCCCAAGCUGGUGUUUUAUCGCCAGUCAGUACUUAUAGUGCUGUGGCUCCUGCUUAUACCACUUAUGCUGCUGCCGCUCCUGCCUAUACCACAUAUGCUGCUGCCGCUCCUUCCUAUACAACUUAUGCCGCUGCUGCCCCUGCCUACACUGCCUAUGCUGCUGCUCCUGCUUAUGCUACCUAUGCUGCUGCUCCUUAUAAGACUGCAGCUUACACCACCUAUUCCGGCGCUGUUCCUGCUUCUGUUUACAGUGCAGCCCCCGUAGCUUAUGCCGCCCCUGUUGCCACUUACUCCACUUUGUUGAAGAAGUAAAUUUUUUUAUAUUUAAAAAAUCCAAAUUAACUUAAUGAUGAUUGACUAAAGGAUACAAAAAAUAAAUUAUUUUUAAAUUAUAAGAAAA